UCCAGCCUCUGAAGCAUCAUUUACCGCUAACGGCCCCUUUAAGAAAGCAGCGCCGAACACUGACGAAAUGUCCUCGGCCCAGCUCCCUGCCCGUUUCUGCGAGAUCAACAAGACGAAGGCAAGCUAACGUUUAGUAUCUGCAAGCUCCGGGCGAACGGUGCUAGUCAGGGCAGCUCUCUCCAGUCCAGACAGGAGGGAGACGCAACUGGUAUCUUUUUCUCAGUGUUUGCCUGCCUAACCGCUCAACGCUCAGCGGGAGACGGAAUUUAGCGAGUCGGUGGACAGACGAGCGGAUAUCGUUGGGGAUGGAUGGACCAAGUGAGCAGUUUUCGCCGUCGUGAGACUGGCGCUAAUUUGGACGUCCUGAGCAGCAGGUGUACUGAAAGAUAAAGCAGACUAAAGGCAAUCUCAGUGUUCAUGAAACUUUGCUACGAUUUACGUGCUGGGGUUGCCGUCAGCCAUGUUAAGGUAAAGCCCAGGUGCGCGGUGUUGACCAUGCUAAAGCGCCUGGACAAAAUCCGCUUCCGAGGCCCCAGGACGAGAGACGACUUCCCGGAUCUGGCCGAGUCGCCGCCUGCCUCCGACAACGAAUGUAGCGACGACAUGCAGCUGAAGCCCAGAACAGCUCUGCGCGACACAGAGGAGCUCCUGCGAGACCCUGCAGGUUCGGGGUCUCCUACCAUGGCUGCGGCCAUCCAGGACUUCCAGAGGUCGGAGUCGGACAGACUCAAUGAAGUCAAAGGUCACCUGGAAAUUGCCUUAUUGGAGAAACAUUUCCUACAGGAGGAGCUGAGGAAGCUGCGGGAAGAGACCAAUGUGGACUCUCUGCGGCAGGAGCUGGAGAGAGAGCGAAGCAAGAGGAUAGACCUGGAGCAGAAGAUGAACGAGGUGCUCAAGACCAGGCUGGAGGACUCUCCACCACAGCCUCCCCGGAAACAGCAGUCCCCCUCAAACAAUGGAACAGCAGAUAAACAGCAGAAGGAGGUCUGGAGUUCACGGCUGCAGAAGUGGCUGUACGAGCGUUUCGGGGUUUACAUCGAAGACUUCCGCUUCCAGCCGGAGGAAAGCACCGUGGAGGCCGAGGAACCACUAAGUGCUAAAAGGUUAACAGAAAAUAUGAGGCGACUCAAGCGAGGAGCCAGACCUGUCACCAACUUCUUAAGGAACCUCUCCGCCUUAUCUAAUUGGCACUCUGUCUACACCUCAGCUAUUGCAUUCAUUAUCUACAUGAAUGCUGCUUGGCAUGGCUGGGCCAUUCCUAUGUUACUCUUCCUGGCUAUCCUGCGCUUGUCUUUAAAUUACCUCAUCGCCAGAGGUUGGAGGAUCCAGUGGAGCAUUGUGCCUGAGGUCUAUGAACCCAUGGAGCCUCCAAAGGAAGACUUGACAGUAUCUGAGAAGUUCCAGCUUGUACUUGAUGUUGCACAAAAAGCGCAGAACCUUUUUGGUAAAAUGUCGGAUGUUUUGGAGAAGAUAAAAAACCUGUUCAUGUGGGUGCAGCCGGAGAGCACCCGGAAACUUUAUAUCUGCCUGUGGGUGGCUUUCAUCACCUCCUGCGUCCUACCAUACAAACUUAUGGGCUUCAUGAUGGGCCUGUACGCCGGUAUCAAGUUCUUCAUCAUAGACUUCCUGUUCAAGAGCUGUCCGAAGCUGCGCGACAAGUACGACACACCCCACAUCGUGUGGAACAGCCUUCCCACAGACCCUCAGCUCAAAGAGAGGACCAACGCCACUGUGUCGCGGCGGCUCUCUGGCAUUGAGAAGGUUCAGCCAGUGGUUUCCCGGAGCAGCCUCGCCACCAUCCCAUGUGGGGUGAGCAGGGAGGAGGAGACGGGUCGCUCCCACAGCACCAAGAAGGGAGCCUUUUAUGAGAUCUUCAACCUGCCGGAGCCAGAGCGCCCUCUGGCGGUUUGUGAGAACGGCUGGAGGUGUUGCCUAAUAAACAGAGACAGGAAGAUGCCCACAGACUACAUCAGGAACGGCAUGCUCUACGUCACAGAGAAUUACCUGUGCUUUGAGAGCUCCAGCUCCAGAUCCAACUCCUCCAAGAAGAAUAAAGUUAUCAAGCUUGUGGACAUCACUGACAUACAAAAGUACAAAGUGCUGUCAGUCCUACCAGGAAGUGGGAUGGGCAUCUCUAUAGCUACUCCUUCCACUCAGAAGCCAUUGGUGUUUGGCGCCAUGAUCCACAGAGACGAGGCUUUCGAGGCUAUCUUUACCCAAUAUAUGAAGAUCUUGACCACCACCAAACCACCGGCCAGCACAGAGCUCUAGGCAGCCUGUAUCCCAGCUACAGACCUCCAUACUGGGGGCUAAAGUCUGAGGCAGAGAGCCUCCUGAGAUUCAUCUGGACUGGAAGAUACUUUUAAAAAAAAAACACCACACUCCUCUGCUCUGCGUGAGCCUCCUCCUCCUCCCCCUCCUCUUGUGAUGGGCAUCAGCUUCCUCAUCGAAGGUCAUCGGCCAGCUUUGAUUGGUAGAUUUCCUGUUUAGGCCAAGUUUGAGGGGACAUGUGGGUGUGUCAGCUACAUGUAGUUGAGAUUUACUUACAUCAUACCUUUUUGUGGGUGUUGGAUAAUGAACAAAAUCCGCUUACUGGUUCUGAGGAGGAGUGAGGAUCGGUUUGGUUUUUAUCAAUCAGCAGAAGGCUGGCGAGGGAGCUGGUUCUCCUCUCCCACCUGACUGACCGACUGACUGACUGGUCUGACUGGUUUCCUGACGUACUUGUUUCUGUGUUUGCAUGUGUGUGUGGGUGUGUGAGCCGAAAAGAUGGUCUUAAAUUGCGUCAAGUGGCUCUAUUUUUCUCUCUUUUUUUUUUUUUCUUUUUUUUUAGUGAGUCAGUGGAGGGACAUCUACUGUGGUAGGAAGAUUUCAAGAAGUGCUCAGCCUGGCUGUCAAAUGUAUAUCAUAAAACAACUACGUAGAUGAUAAACAAGAGGUUCUUUAAACUGCCAGACAUCUGUAGGAACAAUUAUGUAAAUGUUAGCUUUAUAAAUCAGUGCAAAAACAACCUUUGAAGUUUAAAUACUUAGACUUUUAACUGGCUGAUCGGUGUCUUGUGGCAUAGCCCAACACAAUUAUAAAUGAGUGUACAUGUGUGAGUGAUCAUAUUUGUUUUUUUUAAUGUGAAAAUGUCAGAUCACCACUUGACUGACACAGGGCCUUUCUGUUAGUUUACAUUGCUGCUGUCUAAUUUCUUGAGUUUUCCUCUUCUUUCUAGACACACUUGAGCAGUGACGGUAUGCUUUAGUCUUCUUUGUCAACCUAAUGUACGCUGCUGCAUUCAGCAUCCGCUUCGUAAGUGUUUGUAAGUGUGUAUGUGAAACGUGUAGUGAUUUUCUUCUCUUCAAAAAUGCCUUUCUUUUGAAAAAUGUCUCUUUGUAACAAACAGCCUUUGGGAUGAGUAAGUGGUGGUCGAGGGGCUGCUGAUUAGCGUCAUAGACGAGAGCACAACCACUGGAAGAUGGUUCAAACACUGACUGCCAUUUGGAGCCAUGACACAGCAGAGAACAUAGCCUCUGAAAAAGCUUCCUUUUUUUCCAAGGCAAAAUCAGUAAAAUCAGUAUAUAUAUAUCUAUCAUCAAUGGUAUUCUUCCUGCACUUUAUUAGAACGUUAACUGGAAUUUCUGACAUUCGCGUCGCCGACUGGACUUUAAAAUGCUCACUACUUUGGCUGGAUUCUACGGUCAGUGUAGGCAAAUAGUAUCAAAGCUACCACUUAUGUCCUAUGGUGUUUCUCUCUCGUCUGACUACGUGAGCCAGCGCAGAUCACAUCCUACUGGUCUCAGUGCAGCACAUAUGCGCUCUGAGCACUUUGUAUUAACACCAGAUUGAUGUCAGCCACAGCGAGCCCGACAACCUUCAUACUGACCAUGAAAGAAGAAUGUAAUUUGACUGAAAAAUGAAACCACUGGCAGAUUACUUUCCACAAAGGCCCCCACAAAUUAAAGUGUUGCUUUAUUUCAGCCUUUGAAUUAUAAAUCUUAAGCAGCACCAGUGGAGAAAUAUCCAUUAAACAUCUCUUUCUGAUUGGGUGAUCUUACUUGCAUAAAUGCGCAGCCAGUCAGGCUGUAUGAGAUCACAUCAGCAGAAAUAUGAAGAAAAAAAACAGGACUAUGAGCUAUACAAACAUGCCUAAUGACUCCCUUUUUUGUUUGCUUAUUUUUUCACCUAUCUGUAAUGCCACAGUGAGUAGAGAUCGACAUUUGCGUGCUCUUCCUCUCGUUCCAGAUCAUCCAAAUGUAGUCUUUUGUAAAACCGUAGACUGAACAGAAAACUUCAAUGUCACUUUAUUUUAAAGACACCGUUCACAAGAAUAAAGCCGGUCUUUACUCUUGCAGAAUGGUUUGAUACGCAGAAAUAUGAUGCCAAACUACAUCAGACACUUUGCCGUGUUUUGGGAGAGGAAUGGAGAUAGGAUCUGGGACUGGAGGUCAUGAUUUCGCUUGAGAUUUUAGUACAAGAAACAGAGUAGCUAUUCCUCCUAACCAACGCCUGUUUACUGUACGCCCAGCAGCACAAGCUUUAGUUUCCAAUGUGUUAAUCUUAGAGAACGCUGUUAAAAAGGGAGACCUUGACAUUUAUAUUUCCUUUAAUUCUGGUCAUUUGUACACACUGGACACUUCUUUUAUAGUUUAAGAUACUAAAUCGCGCCUGCGUCACCGCUCCUCAAGAAAUCCAGAUUAUUUUCUUUUAGCUGCCCUUCAGAUUUAAAAUGUCAAGGUUUCUUUCAAAAUCUAUACAAGUCCUCUUAUCAUCAUUACCAAUUUCAAUCAACUGAGCUGGAUAUGAAGUUGCCAGAGAAGCAAUGGACCAGUUCAAAGAACCACUUUAUUAUAUGUUAGUUCAAACUACUGUAAUUAAGGAUGGAGAUUUUUCUUUGUCAUCCAUUUGUAUGAUUUGGCCUGUUGUUCAAUAGGCUGCCUUCCCAGAAAUGGAUUUUCUAUUUUUGUUUUUGGAAUAAAUUGGAUCCAUGAACGGGGCAAACCUGUGGGAUGUUAGAGCAGGUGAAAAGUAAUUAACGCUGUCUCACUGUGUGAUUUGAUGGCUCGUUGUAGUCCUUAAAGCUUUUACCUGAAGCCUUUUGUAAUCUGUUAACUCUGAAAACCAGCUCUCUGGGGGUCUGGGAGACCCUAACAAGGCUGCACUCAGAGAAAGCACAGAAUGUAUCAUGUUCGAAAUGUCUAAAAAAAAAAAAAAAAAAACAUUAUUCUUUUGCCAAAUCUCUGAUUUUCUGUCUGCCAUAUUCUGCCUAUGCUUCAUGUUUACAGAAGGUUGUAACAUUGUUUUUUUGUUUUUUCUUAUUUCUUAACCCAGUUUGAAUUCCUUUGACUCCGGAGUUAUGAAGACUGGACUGCUGUUGUUGAAUUAAUGUCUCAGAUCUCAUUGGCUCUGCGCCACUGACAUGAAUAUUUCUGCUCACCUUUUAACCAAUAGGAAACUCAAAUCAUGGUGACAACAAGAGCAGUAUUUUAAACCUCAUACAGCAUGUACAUUGUCAUAUCCAACAUCACGGUGUAGUGGAAGUUGCAGUAAAACACAGGCUUCGUACGGAGCAGAGAUGGUCAUGGUGGACUGAAAUGGCAACAUCAGUGUUUUUGACAUCUAGUUUGUCUAUCGUGACUUGAGGCAGAAAUAGAAAAAAGUUUGAUUCACAUUGUUUUAAAAAAAAAAUGUAAUAAAAUGUGAGCACUCGCAUAAUUGUAAGGCACUAUGAGAAAAGCAUCCAGCAAAUGUCAAAGGAAUGGUGCGGGAUUUUGGGAAAUUGGAUGAGAAGUUUAAUACCACUCUCAUGUCUGUACUCUAAAUAAGGAGCUAAUGCCAGCAGCCGCUUAGCUUAGCUAAGCUUUGGACAUAGCCAAGCUAGCUGUUUCCGGCCUUUAUGCUGCCGGCUGUUGUUAGAUAUUUACCAUAGAGGUAAAACGAUCAAUCACGAGUGUCUAAAAACGUUGACACACAUUGUUAAACCUGCAAUAGGAAAUGGUGUUUGAUAAAGGCCACUGAAAACAUAAGUAUUCAGUGAAGAACACCAUUAGAUUGUUCUUUAAAACAUUACCGUCCUUAUCUAGACAUACGAUAUUGUGGAUUUAUAGUUCUUUGCAUUACAACAAACCUGUGAUGUUCAGCAGUGUUUCAGUCUGGCUGCAGUUCAGUAGGGCGGUAGGUAGGGUUGGGCAUCGUUUGGAUUUUAACAAUUCUGAUUCCAAUUCCCAUUCUUCCUUUCGAUUCCAGUUCUUAUCUGUUACGAUUCGUUCGAUUCGGCGUUGAAACGGGUCACAUGCUUAUUUCACAGAUAGAAGAUAUUUUUGAUUCAAUGGUGAUUUUACAGUUCACAGGGCUUUUUCAAGGUAAAAUAAGCCAUGCUUUAGAGCACCGCGCCUCUGCUCCACGGCUGCAACACAACAAGCCAACGCUGGAAGUACAGUGGCCGCUUAGUUGGAACCGAUGAUCGUAUUCGAAACGAUUUUUUUUUUUUUAUAUAAAUGAUUCCAAGUUGGAACCGGUUCCCGAUGCCCAAUCCUAGCCGUAGGUGACGAGAGCAACCCAUUUCAUUCAAUUGAGUACAGAAUGAGGCCUGUACAAUAACUGUUUAUGCGGCUAACCGCUCAGCAGCCAAAUAUUCAGACCAUAUAUAAAGUUGACACUACUGGAAAAGCUUAUGAACAUAUUUCCUAAAAUGUCGAAAUAUUCCUUUUUAAUUUUGUGACCGGUAAAUUGCUACUGGCAAAUAACACAGAACAGUUCGAGGAUUUAACUGCCGUCAUAAGUGACCGGGGGAGCUUGUCAAAAACAGUGGUGUUGUCCUCUCAACGUUCCCCUGCGUUUUAAGCUGCUGUCCUCACUAUUGUAUUAAACAUGUAGUUCCUCCCAUC